AUUCCAAUCGUGCUUCUUUGGAUGAUCAGUUUGAUCCAACUCAAGUUGGCCUUGGUCCCCACUACAUUCUUCACCAUCGUCCUCGUCCCGAUUUUUUGAACUCACAUUAACUAGGAACUUCGUCUUGCACAUAUUUUGUGUAUCUAGGGAUGUCGAGGGGUAUGUCACGCGCUUAUUACCGCGAGGUACAAGAGGAGAUUUUAGUAGACGAUGAAUGGGAAUUCGCAGAAGGUGCGAUUGUCUUUGAUCUCGUGUUUUGCGCGUGAAGUGACAUUGUUAUGGACAUGGACACCCACUUCAUAUCACCAAGAGGUUAAUUCUGCCCUCAUUCCUUUCAUUCCACUACCAGUAGAAAGGAGUGCUUCAAACCACUCGAUCUCAUCAACACAAUCAUCCGUCUACUCCGGUCUGGAAGACCUGAGCGAUAUGAUGUGCAAUAUGCCAGAAAAUGUCUUGAAUGGCACUGUGAACAGCAUUACCUCAAGAGUUGAUAUUCCAAUGGUCUCCCGUCCGUCGACUACCGCUGUUGGCUCCAGUCCUGCCCAACCCCUUUCAACUAUGUCUGUUGGCUCGUCGGAUUCAGCGGAUUCGGCUUCACCUUCGAGUAGUUGGUCUUCUGUCCUAGGUAAACGGAAAACAGACGAACCUCCUGACAAUUCCUUGUCUCCACGUAAGAGUGCGAGAAUCAGCGAUGCAAAUAUUAAAAUCCAUUCAAUCGCUCAUGAUCGAAAUCUACAAGCUUAUUUUGACAAUAAAAAAAUAUCCUUUGGGGUACAGUGGCUGAUUGCCAAAAUGGUCAGUUACGAUGUUCUUGCAUACGAGGACAUCCAUAUUCCCGACUUGGAUAAGCUUCGCGGCACAAAUGAAGAAGCCACACCACGCGUAGCUAAGGUAUUUGCAUGCCAGAACUCCAAGGGCGAAGAAGAAGGUUUCUUCGUUAAAGAAAAGGCAGUUUUGUCGCCUUGGAAAGAGCUUGACAGAGAACACGAACACGCUCUUGCAAUGGGUGACAGCUUUGACGGGUUUCAGCGACAGGCCGAUGGUUGGUAUGGAGGGAAAGUGCAUUUUGGUGCAACUUUGAAGGCUAUCGAUAAGAAGACUGAGACACCUGAAUACCGCAUUCAACUCAAUCCGCCAGAGCUUGGGUCCUCGUCGAGACUAAUGCGACAGUAUGGUUCCAAGAACUUUCUACGCGUGAAGGUGCCGAGGAAUAUUCUGAACAAGCCUCAGCAUGGCCUUGUGGAGUUUUUUUCGCAACACUUUCUCCUCUGUGGUCUGGUUUAUCGGGCAUUUUAUGCAAAAGAUGGAAGUGUUUUUCUCGUGGCAACUAAUUGUCCGACGGGAUACAGUCGAAUUCCUUCUCAUGCUCACCCUCCACCACCAUCUCUGGAGAAUUAUCUCGACUGGCAUAACCCUAUAUCUUACAACACGUCUCAGAGUGUGGCAAAAUGGUCCUCGCGGUUUGCAUUGGGACUUUCGAACUCUGUCCCAGGUAUUACCAUCAGCCGGGAAAAUAUCAUGUAUCUGAAAGAAGAAGACCCGGGGGGUCCGGACAUGACAGAUGGCUGCGGGUACAUUAACAAAAUUGCUUUGAAGGCGUUGCGCGAGCUCUUGCAAUGGGACACAACACCAACAGCAAUCCAAUGUAGAAUCGCUGGUGCCAAGGGACUCCUAAUCCUGCAUCCUGAUUCGUCAGAAAAUUGUUCCGACGUCCCUCGGGUUUGGUUACGCGAAUCACAAAUCAAGGUCAAGUAUCCUGAAACUCGAGAACUAUCGUCUGGUCACUUAACAAUUGAUGUGCUACGGUCGUCUCACAUGCGCUCUCCCUCUCGCCUUGCUGCGGAGACCAUAGUGAAUUUUGCUGAAAAUGGCGUUCCCCACUCAGUAUUUAUUGAUUUGAUGAAGGAAGGUUUGGAUGCUAUCGUCGACGGUUUGCUUGACUGGGAUGGCCCAGAUGCUAUGUAUCGUCUAUGGCACAGUGUCGCAAGAGCCGGUGCCGUGGUUGGAUCUAGAUUAGCUCGUGAAGCUGGUGGAGAGGCUCGAUCAAGAGGUUUCGCCAUCAAAGACGACGAUAUUGAAGAUGAUGACGAAGACGAUCUGAAUGCGGUCAUCGAAAUUCCUCGCUCAAUCGCUUGGUGGGGUGACGAGGUCUCAGGUUGCCCUUCGGCUCUUGAAGAGACGGUAAUGGUCAUGCUUGACUCUGGUUUCACUCCUCGCGAUUGCCCAGUUCUCGCUGAGAAGCUUCGUAAUUUUCUCAAGACGAUGGUCGACAACUUUGUGCAACGAUAUAAAAUCGAGGUACCCAUGUCUUGUGUAGGAUGGAUUGUGCCAGACCCUUCUGGAACAUUGGCUCCUGACGAAGUGCAAAUUCUCUCGAAGGAUUCGAAAUUCCGUUGUCCUGAUGGAACCGAGUCAAAUGUUGUGUUGGGUGACAUCCUGCUCACACGACAUCCUUGUAAACUGCCGACAGAUACUCAGAAGGUCAAAGCUGUUGAGAAACCGGAGCUCAGGCGCUACACAGACGUGAUAGUGUGCUCUGUGCAGGGAACUCGCCGGUUUGCAGAUCUUCUUGCUGGAGGCGAUUACGAUGGGGACAAGGCAAUUGCUGUUUGGCAGCCGUCUAUAGUGUCGCACUUCAAAAAUGCCGAUCUCAAAUACUCUCAUCCGCCUGAUAAUCUCUCAGAGAAUUUCCAUAAAAACACCCUACGAGUCGACGAUUUUUUGGAACAGCAUCAAGGAUGCAAAUUUGAUGAUGUAAUACCCCGCCUGCAGUCAUUUUUGUUAGGAGGAUUGCGCGACAUAUCGUCAGUCGGAAAGUACUCGAACUUGCACGACGUGGCGGUGUACACCCUUGGAUAUGCGCAUAAUGAAACCAUUCGCUUGGCUUAUAUGUUUUGCAAUAUUCUCGACGGUGCGAAGAGUGGUUUGACCGUUUUACCGGAGGUCAUGAAGAGCGAUACAAAGCUCUACCACAAACGCUCUCCACAGUGGAAAGAAUGUGGGGAGGAGAAACCGGAAACCAACGAAAUGAACGCCCAGCGUCCCAAAGGCAUGACAGAAUUUGUUAUGGAUGCAAUCAUGAGCCAUGCCCGGAACCACCGGGACCUGAAACUGCAACAGGUCGACAGCGCUUUUUCCAGACACCAUGGUCACAGAGAUUCCUCUCUCGAGAAGCCAUGGCAGGAUGCUGAGUCAAGGCUGCAGCGUGUGAAGUGCAACAAUGAGCACGCUGCUUUGACAAUGGAAAUGGAGCUCUCCAAGAUACGCACACACGUCGAAAAGAUGCGUGAGGAGUACAGGAAGAGCAUCCGUCGCAGUUUCUCUGGCCUUAAGAUUGAACGGCGACAGGAUAUUCUUCGCUCCCUCGCUCGUGAUUUCUCUGCUGCCCCAGAUGUUUCGUCUUUUCUUUUCUUCUCAUCGGAGGAAGUGGCAAGGCUCAAGGCUUCCUACGCAUAUAUUCACGAAUGCCCGAACACCACUGGUCAAUUCCCCUGGGAUGUUGCUAUGCGAGAGCUUGGGAUGAUCAAGGCAAGGAGCCUUGGUCCGUCGAAAACAGUCGCGCUCGGUUUCUAUGAGAGAUUUGUAUUGACGCGAGCAGCAUUUAAUUGAUGGUUCAGUAUGUGUUGAUCUGUUAUGUGUAGGCUAGAUCUCUGUAGUAGCACGCACGGUGUACAUUGUAUGAGUAGCACUUGGAGUGAUUGCGGGGUAAAAUACAAGUUAAUCGUUGAAUUGAGUUGAUCAGGAAUUCCAUUCCGAAGUAUCUUCACUGCGGUAUUUUGGCGAUAUUCGUUCAAGGAUUUGGCGUAGUUUGAGCCUGCUGAAGCUUCGUUUGUAUCUCGACGAGCUGC